AUGGCGCCAACAACUCCCUCAUACUUACGCCUGACGGAAGCCACCUCUUUCACAGGAGGCACCUCUACGCCAGCACCCACCAGACGGCAGGCCGUCAAAAAUGCCGCAGUCCGAGACGUCGACUUCGAAGAGACUCAGUUGAUUCCGCGCGGAGUUGAGAUAUACAGAACGGUGAAUCAGAACCAUGUCUCUGUAGCAGGAGCUUAUGCCUAUUUUGGCUCUGAAACACCUCCCGACUCGGUCAACUCGCGCGAAUUUUACAGAUCUGUCGUCCAGAAGAGCCUUACAGGAAGAGUUGAACGCGAUAUCGACGAUUCGAUAUUCCUGUCGAUGGACUGCGUCUUUGUCGAGUACGUGUGCACGGUGUAUCGUAGCCUGGGAGAGGCGGACGUCCCAGAAUCUGAAUUCAAGAUAUGCGCCUUUCAGAAUCUAUUCAUAGGGGAGUACACCCUCUUAGCAAAUGACGCAACAAGACCGCUUUGUGCUAUUCGCUCUGCGGAAUGGUCACUCAAGCCCUGCCGAAGUCCUCAGCAGAGCGAGUGGCUUGCACCUCCACUCUCUCCGGACCACUCUUCUCUCAAACCCUUAGGCUUCGACAUAUACUCUGGCUGUCAAUUCUGGCUUUGCCACAAGAUCCUAAAUGCCAGUUAUCGAACAAAGGCCGGUCUUUUCGUGCAUUGCAAGCGCAAAGGCACAUUCUGUCCCUAUUUCUCGAUUGAAUUCAAAGCCACAACUGACGAUAUGCGAACCAUGGUGAACCAGCUAGCUGCUGUGGGCUUGAUUUCCUUGUUCAAUCGAUACCACCUGAAGCUCAAAGCUCAUCCUCCCCGGCUCGCUCUAGAGCAAUUGGAACAUGUUCGUCAUGGAUUGACGAUGGAGCGACAAAAUUGGAUGGUGGACCUCUUUGAGUCCAAAAUAGCAUCUGGGGCGUGGGCUGGCUUCGGAUGUGAAGAGGACAUCAGAUUCUGA